GCAGGAGUUGGUUUGCCACGUGAUGAUGGGGAACCUCGUCAUGUUCCGCAAGGAUUCCGUGCUCAACAUCCUCAUUCAGAGCCUGGAUUGGGAGACCUUUGAGCAGUACUGCACGUGGCAGCUCUUCCUGGCGCACAGCAUCCCCUUGGAGGCCAUCAUCCCCAUCCUGCAGCACCUCAAGUACAAAGAGCACCCCGAGGCUCUCUCCUGUUUGCUGCUGCAGCUGCGCCGAGAGAAGCCCAGCGAGGAGAUGGUGAAGAUGGUGCUGAGCCGCCCGUGCCACCCCGACGAUCAGUUCACCACCAGCAUCCUGCGGCACUGGGGGCUGAAGCACGACGACCUGCUGGCCGAGCACAUCAAGGCGCUGCUCAUCAAGAACAACAGCCUGCCCAGGAAGAGGCAGAGGUGAGAGGGGGGGCCGGGC